AGAAGGCGGCAGGGCGGCACAACUGUCACUAUCGCUGACCGCUGACGUGCGCGGCGAGAGGAGAGGAAAAAGAGAAUAGAAAAGAGAAGAAAGGAGAGCGACGCAUCAGGACAACAGGACGGUGGAAACCGGAAGAAAGAACGUUGCGUUUCCGAAGGUGUCACGUGCGCGUGUGUGUCCGUGCGGCGGGUGCACAUGUGUGUGUGAACACUCCGGUGAACGAUAGAGGGAUCGCCGAUCGCCGGAGGAUUUUCGUUAUGUAUCGAUUUACUACGUAAAUAUACUCUCUCUUUCCCACGCAGAACGACAAAUGGAGCACACGGAAUGAGAGUCUGCGGGAUCGAUUGCGAGGCAGGUUAGAAGACAUCCCGUUACCGGGAACAAGGACGAGGACGACGGAGACGAUGACGACGUUAGUCGUUAAUUCGACGAGAAAUGAUUAAGAAGACAUGGAUGCCGCAGUUAUAGAAGUUUUACGACAGGCGGUCAGCCAAGACCCUAAUGUCCUGAAAUCUGCAGAACAGACAUUGAAGCAAUGGGAGAUUCAGCAAGGAUUUUAUAUAGCGUUAUACAAUGUUCUUUCAAAUCAUUCCUUGGCUGUCGAAGUUAGAUGGAUGGCUAUUGUAUAUCUAAAAAUUGGAGUUGAAAGAUACUGGAGGAAAAAUGCACCAAACUCGAUUGAGGACAGUGAGAAGGAAUUUUUACGACAGCAUCUACUAAGAAAUUUUGAAGAACCUGUAAAUCCAUUAGCUGUACAAUUAGCAGUUCUUAUUGCUAAGAUAGCAAGGUACGAUUGCCCUAGAGAAUGGAGUACGUUAGUACCAACAUUGUUGGAAAAUAUAAGGCGAGAAAACCCUCUGGUGCAACGUCAAGCAUUAUUAACACUGCAUCAUGUUGUUAAGGCUUUGGCGUCUAAGCGCUUGGCCGAUGGUCAGAGGCUCUUCAAUACCUAUACGGAAUCCUUUCUGAUUAUGGCGUCAAAUGGGGCCGACGCCAGUCAGAUACAAGAAGCCUUGGAGAAGGCACUCCUACUAUUAAGAAUACUUAGGCAGCUGAUUGUAAAUGGUUUUUCAAAGCCAUCUGAAUCUCAAGAUGCCAUGUUGUUUUUAAAAGUCGUUUUCGAGCGUGCAAGGACCUGUCUCGAGUGCCGAAAAACGUUAGCUUCUAGAGGCGUACAGAUGGAUGUGUGCGACAAAUUUAUAAUACAUUUGACCAAAGUUUUAAUAGGAGUGUUAGAGAUGCACCCAUUUUGCUACGUGGAACUCAUACCGACUUCCUUAGAGUUUUCCGUUUUUUAUUGCUUUACAGAAGCAGGUCAGGCAUUAACAUACGAAAAAUUUAUCAUUCAAUGCCUGAAUUUAACGAAAAAUAUUUUAUUAUCGUCAUAUUAUAGACCAGCUAAAGUUAGUGAAGAGACGAAAGAUCCAUUGGUAUUGAGGGCGUACCAAUUGAAACAAGAAUUUUUCACACCAGAAAUAUUAACGGAAAUUUGCUCCAGACUUGUCACGCAUUACUUUCUUUUGACACCCAUGGAUCUUGAAACAUGGGAUACUCACCCAGAAAGUUUUGCUGUCGAUGAUGGUGGAGAGUCAUGGAAAUACAGUCUGAGGCCUUGCACAGAAUCCUUAUUUUUGGCAAUCUUCCAUCAAUUUAGAGACGUUCUUGCCUCGGUUCUGGUUGAUCUAAUGCGACAACAUCAUCAACCUGUCGAUCCUAAUAAUUUGCAUGCGAUUUUAGUAAAAGACGCAGUUUACCGCGCGGUCGGUUUGGCCGCCUUCGAUUUGUACGACGAGGUAAAUUUUGAUCAGUGGUUUUCGACGACUCUGAAAGAGGAAUUAAAAGUUCGAAGUAAUAAUUAUAGAAUUAUCAGAAGACGUGUGUGUUGGUUAAUCGGCCAAUGGACGAAUAUUAAAUUGAGCACGGAAUUGAGACCGGAGUUGUACAAGGUCAUGAUAGAAGCAUUGAAUCCUGAAGAAGACUUGGGAGUUCGUUUAGCAGCGAGUAACGCUUUGAAACAGGCAAUUGAUGAUUUUCAGUUCAAUUCGGAGGAGUUUUCUCACUUCUUGGAACCAGUAUUUUCGUUAUUGUUUGCGCUUCUUAAGGAAGUGAAUGAGUGUGAUACAAAGAUGCACGUAUUAUAUGUACUAUCGUUUAUUAUCGAGCGUGUUGGCAGUGGAAUUAAGCCUCAUGUCGGUGCGCUCAGUUCGUAUCUACCUGAACUUUGGCAACAAUCUGAGGAAUAUAAUAUGCUGCGGUGUGCUAUAGUGUCGACUCUGAUACAUUUGGAGAAGGCUCUAGGUUCUGAGAGCGUUAUUCUGGAGCCAUUGGUGGUAGGUGUUGUAGCUCUAAGUUGCGACGUCAAUCAAGAGGGACAUGUUUAUUUAUUAGAGGAUGGAUUGGAAUUGUGGUAUGCCUUGUUGGAAAAUGCACCUGCUCCGACACCAGCUAUAAUGGAUCUCUUCAGAAAUAUGCCAGCAUUAUUAGAUAAAUCCACGGAGAAUCUACGUUUAUGUUUGUACAUAAUUCAAGCUUAUGUGUUGUUGAACCCGCAAGACUUCUUCACUUACAGAGGCUCAGUGGUCAUCGAAACACUAAAAGCGCUUUUGAGCGAUCUACGGGCGGACGGCAGAGUGAUGGCGUUGAGAUUAUUCGAGAUCUGUCUCAGAGCUUCCCCUCAACAAGGCGCAGAACUGAUCAAACCCAUUUUAUUAAAAAUAUUCGAGAGUGUUUACAAUGGCGAAGAGUAUCCAAUGGUUAUGACUAUGAAUCUAUCUAUUGUUGCGAGAGUUUUGUUGAGUUCUCGCGAUAUUUUUGUACAGGUGAUCAGCGAUCUCGCACAGAAUAUAGGUACUGAAACGAGAGAAGAGGUUGUGCUCGGAAAGAUGAUACAUAGGUGGAUCAAUGGAAUGCCGUUAGUGUCUCAGACCGAAGGGCGGAAAUUAUUAGCUCUCGCGCUUUGCUUUCUCCUUGGAGCGAACAGUCCGCCUACAGUUCUCGAAUACUUUCCGUACAUAAUAUCGAACAUCGUCGAGACGCUUAACGACAUCACUAAGUUUGACGAUAUGGGCUACCCAGUCGAUUCUUUAAUGAUCACUGAUCAGCCCAGUCCAUCACAGUACGAGGAUGUGGAUUACGAAACCGAGCAUGCUCAACGACAGAAGAGACUCGCCUUCAGCGAUCCUGUGCAUAGUAUAUCCUUGAAAGAUACUCUCCAAAGUCAGUUGAUUAUGCUGCGAAGUAUAGUUGGGGAUAAUCAAUUUGAUCAAUUGAUGCUCACCCUCAAUUCUGAAAUUGACGAACAACUCAAGGACUACAUAUCGCUGUGAGAAAGGCGCAAGAUCAAAACGCAAUACAGAGGAUUUCGAUUAUAUAAGGUAUGAGAAAAGAAGCUUUACAGCGCUCUUUUUUUGUGAAACGGCACUAUUUUAUUGUAUGAUAUUACCAUCUGUUUCAUUGUAUUAAUAAUGUUGAUAAUAAAAGAUCCUACUCUCUCU